UGAGGUGCGGGGCUGGCGGCGGCGGCGGAGCGGAGCGGGGAGAAGCGGGGAGGCAUCCUGAAAUCCUGGAAGUGCACUGAAACAAAACGGGGCAGUACUUGAAGGCUUGACAAAUGUAUCCCAGGUUGAAAAACUUCUGCAUUCCUUCUCCUCUUCCUCCUUUAGAAAAUUGACUUCGUUAAAGAGGUAAGAGAGAAGCAAAAGAAGUAAGAAAAUGCUGGGAACAGAACGAGGUGUCGUGGAAGAAUGGCUGUCAGAAUUCAAGGCAUUACCUGAAUCACAAAUUUCCAGCUAUGCAGCUACAUUGCACCGAAAAAAAACAUUGGUACCAGCUCUUUAUAAGGUCAUUCAAGACCCAAAUAAUGAGCUCCUGGAGCCCGUUUGCCACCAGCUCUUUGAACUUUAUCGCAGUUCUGAAGUUCGGCUCAAGAGAUUCACGCUGCAGUUCUUGCCAGAGUUGAUCUGGGUGUACCUGCGUCUGACUGCCAGCAGGGACAGGCAGAGCAACGGCUGCAUCGAAGCGCUGCUGCUGGGCAUUUACAACUUGGAAAUUGCUGACAAAGAUGGAAACAACAAAGUUUUAUCUUUCACCAUCCCUUCGUUAUCUAAACCCUCAAUAUAUCAUGAGCCCUCUACUAUCGGAUCCAUGGCUUUAACUGAAGGAGCACUAAGUCAGCAUGAUCUAAUCAGAGUAGUUUACAGUGAUCUUCAUCCUCAAAGAGAAACCUUCACAGCACAGAACCGGUUUGAGGUGCUGAGCUUUCUUAUGCUAUGCUACAAUUCUGCUAUUGUCUAUAUGCCUGCUUCUUCUUACCAGUCCCUUUGUACGAUGGGUUCCAGGCUGUGUGUGAGUGGAUUUCCACGGCAGCACGAGAAACGCUGGAAGGAGCCCUGUGGAAGAGUGGUAUUAGACCCUGACUUCAUGGUGCAGCUGCUCACAGGUGUCUAUUAUGCCAUAUAUAAUGGUCAGUGGGAACUUGGCCAAGAGGUAUUGGAGGACAUAAUUUACAGAGCACAGCUUGAACUCUACUCACAGCCUCUGCUGGUUGCAAACGCCAUGAAGAACUCGCUGCCCUUUGACGCUCCCGAUGCAUCGCAGGAAGGCCAGAAGGUACUGAAAGUGGAAGUUACUCCCACAGUGCCGAGGAUUUCUCGGAGUGCUAUUACAACAGCCUCUAUCCGUCGGCAUCGCUGGAGGAGAGAAGAUGGCUUUGACUUCUCAAACGAGGCUGACUCAAGCAUUCCUGGCUCACCGAUCCAACACGGCUCCACAGACCUAGGGAUCAAACGUGAGCAAGAGGGGGAGGUGCUGAUGCGCAGGACCCCUGAGCAUGGCUUCCCGGAGCCCACCUUGGCAGCAGCCACCACAGAGGAUACUGAAGGUGUAAAUGGAAGAGAAGAGUCUGUGAACCUUAAUGAUGCUGAUGAAGGAUUUUCAUCAGGAGCUUCCCUCAGCAGCCAGCCCGCUGGGACCAAAGCUGUAUCCUCUGUCUCGCAGAAGGGCAGCUUAAGGAAAACAGCAAGUGGGCGUUCUUCUAAGGAGAAAGAAACCUCUUCUGCAGCAAAAUCCACGGAGAGCCCCCGAGAUUCAGUAGCUCGAAAGCAGUACACGCACCAAUCCACUGACCUGGCUGGAGACACAGUCGAGAUGACACCUACUAAGAAACACCUCAGCCUGCCUGCUGGGCAGGUGGUGCCAAAAGCCAACAGUUUGAGCCUGAUCAGGACCGCCAGUGCUUCCUCCAGUAAAUCAUUUGACUAUGUGAAUGGCAGUCAAGCAGGCUCCAGUGGUGGAGCUGGUACAGAGGGUUUUUCCAAUCUAGCGGCUGGCAACACCAAUCGGUUUUCAACUAUCAGCCUACAGGAGGACCGACUAGGCCAAGCUGGGGAAGGUAAAGAUCUCCUUACCCCAGGAGCUCCCCUGACCAAGCAGUCUCGAUCUCCAAGUUUCAAUAUGCAGCUGAUAUCCCAGGUGUAACUUUGACUCCCUUCCUUAGUAUUCCCUCUUUCCCCUUAAUCCCCUGCAAGUUCAUCCUUAGGCAAAACCUGAACCAUCAUCCCACAGUGUGAAAAUACUGACUGUUGUGAUCUUGUUUGAUUUGGUUUAGCUAUCAUACUGUAUUACUGAAACAGCAAUAAUUCUUCCCUCACCUUCAUCCUCCUUCCCCCUUGUAAACAUGGUUGUGAAGCAGUAUAUAAUGUACUGUAUGCCUUUUUCCAUGCCUUCCUUUCUCCUUGGGUGAUGUGCAAUCCAUCGUAGGCUGAUCAGUCCCAUUUCAACACUGUGAGACUGGAGACACCGGCGGAAAUGGUGAAUGUGAUCCCUAUGAGAUGAUGUUUUGGCUUUGUUAAGAAAUAGAAACGGGUUUGUUUUCUCGGUCUACAGUACUGCAAAGACUACUGGAUCAUGACUUUUCUUUCUCAGAACCAGGAGUGCCUCAGAGAUUCUAGUGUGACUUUGGACCUCUCUGAGUCUGUGCAAUCAAUUCUGGGGAGGGGAUUGUCAUUGCUGCUCCUGGCUGCCUACAGCACUUUUUUUCAUAAAAAUGAGGGUAGUUUUUUCCUGACUGCCCCCAGUCUCUCAUCCCAGAAGCUUUUGAUGUUCAGCAACUGAGACGUGUAUUAACAAGCUGUUUUCCCUCGGAGAGAGGAUUCUAAGUUGAUAAUGUAGGUUACAAUGCACUUCUAAUGGCGUUGUAGCCAUUUGUAAUGUUACAUGUCUUCCCCUCCAGGACACAGGGUCAUUCUGCAUUUAGACUAAAAUUUACACAACACCAUGCUGUUAGAACAAUUUGGUUUGUAAGUGGAAGGGAAACACUGCUUUCCCAGGAAAUAAUGGCUAGCUCUGCUCCAUUUUUGUUGUUUUUGUUGUGAGGUGCUGAUCACUGAAUUCAAAGGUGUAUUCGGGUAAAAAGUAUUUCUCAGGCUGCUUUCUUUGGUAUCGUGGCUGUUGGGACACCCCCACCCCUUUCAGCUGCUUUCUCAAUGUCCCUGAAUUCAGUCGUGGCGUCAUUUGAGGAAUCCUGCAGUCCAGACAGACCAUACUCUCAAGGUGCUGUCUCAGGGAUAGAGACAAUAGUUUGCUAGAAACAUUGAAGCUUCAGUGUGAAAUGCUUUUCUAGCGACGCUGUUUGUGCAAAGGGGUACCGACAGUCCUUUUCUCCCCGGAAGGAUCACACUUCAUUGCCUUGGUAUAUAUAAUCUGUUGAGGUUUUUUAACUCUUUAUUUUAGUGGAUUGGCCCUCCUCUAGAAAAUUCAGAACUCGUGCCAUUGAGCCAAGCCUUGAAUGUAUAUGACUGAUGUAUGGGCACUGGCUGGUACUUAUGUUAGAGAACACUGCUUAGAAGCACAUUUCUGGUUACGUGGGAGAAUAUUUGUCAUUCCCUCUCCAUCUCUCUGUAUCUCUCUUUGGAUUGAUAGAGAGAAAAGGGGAAAGCUCGUUCUCUAUGCUUGAGUCAUGUAUGAUACCCUGGAAGUUUACAAAUUGUAAACCUGCAGGAAAGUUAUGUUUUUUAUGUGGGCACUUUGGUUUCUCUGUCACUGUGAAGGAUAAACGUAAGCAGUUAAAAACAGCAGGCUGUCUUUGAAUGUCUUUUGGGCUUUGGGGUUGGUUUUUGUUUGUUUGUUUGGGGGUUUUUUGUGGGUUUGGUUUUUUUUCUCUUUUGACUAUUUCAAAUAGAAUUUUUUUUUUCAAAUUUGCAUUUUUGUUUAAAUAUUUGAAGAUUUUUUAAUGGUUUGACAAGUCACUUUGGUAGCUUAGUCUUCAUAUCAUACAUUCAUAAAGUGAAUUAAAUGGCAUCUGGACUGAUGCAGAAAUUCAGUUAGAGUAAAAAGACUAAUGAGAAAGAAAGAAAACCUUACAGUUUCUCAGUGGAAGUUUAAUAUUUAAGGACACUAGUCACACACAGAUGGAACUAAGGCAAAGUGAGUUAAGCUGCAAGGCUUACGUUUCUGUAAAAAUGUCAAAAGCUGUAGAUGGUUAAACUCUUCUUUAUAAAAUAAAGUUUUGGUAGUGGGGACAGUUCCCAAGUUGUGGCUGAAAGUACAAAGUUUAUACUUAGUGGAGAUCACCAAAAAGGAAAUUGCUUUAACUCUUUUGGAAAGAAAAGGUCAAGAGCAUCGGCUUAUUUUCUAAGAGUUACUUAAUUUUAGUAUUUUAAAAAGUAGAGUCGUUGAUUAGGAAGGCUCUCUGCUGUCUACUGUUUGCAUUGUAAGCAUUCCUCCAGAAGUUUUAGGACACUUAAAUUGGCAUCAGAUCAAAUAUUACAGUCUUUUUUUUACAAAAUAUUCUUUUGUGUGAGGUCCCACACUAUAAAACUAUUUCAGGAAAGUGAGACAGCUUUAGUAACUUCAGAUUGGGAAGUCAGUUUGAAUUGGCUAAAACUUAAAGUCAGACUUUCUUAUCUUUCAUGGUAUUUUUACAGUUCUCAUUUUGAUGUGCCUUUUGUUACAGUUUCAUUCAUUGUAUUUUGGUUUGUUCUUGUGUAUAUAUACCUAUUCCCUAUCAGUCUUUUUAAAAUGAGUUCAAGUUUAUCCCUGGAAAAAAAAUAAUUUUUGCUAUGUGCUAAUGUGGUACAUCUAUAACUUCUCAAAAUUACCCUUUUAGUGCAGUUAUUGGAGCUUGUUUUGUUGUUUCUCAGCCACCAAGUACUGUUUAAUAUUUAUCUUACAAAUGGAGUCAUCACUGAUACCUACAAACCAGCUGUAGUAACAGGCUGUGCAGUGCUGUGUGUCACGUUUCUCAUUAAUGCUUCUAAAUGUGUCUCAAACUACGCUAAGGUGUGUCAAGAUUGUAGAAAAAAUUCACGCACUUCAGUACACUUCAAAGUACUGGGGCAGAAAUAAAAUUAGAAGUGUCUGGGAUAUGGGUGGAGGGAAAAAUCUGCCGGCUUUCUGAUUACAUAUGCUAAAUACUAAACAACGUACAAAACAUACUGAAAUUUUCUGACACCCGUGACAAAUGUUUAGACUUAAAUCAAACCUCUUCAUCGUAAAUUCACUCUUCUGUGUCUUCUUUUAGAACAUUUGGUACUUGACAUGAGGCACUAGGUUUAGAUUUCUGCAGUAUUUCAGUGCAUCUGCAGCAUUGUAAAAGAAGGACAAGAAGCAGAACACUGAAUUUU